UACAUCAAAGGAGACGUCACUGGAUAUCCAGACAGCAUAGAGGCAACUCAUUCUCUACAACCAGGAAAUUGGGUAGUGGUGAAACGACACGUGCGGAAAGUUCUAGAACCACGAUUUGAGGGUCCACAUCAAGUACUGUUAACCACCGCCACUGCUGUCAAGUUGGAAGGAAAGCCUAAUUGGGUCCACGCAUCACACUGCAAAAAAAGUACCAGAACCUCAAGUGCUGGAAUGACUGCAAGGGCCGUAAUAUCUUUUCAUGUCUUACUGUUCAUUUUAUAUUGUACAGGGGAAAAUGCACAGUCAGAUCAAAUCCCAAAUUCCAUAUUUAGAACAAUAUUAACACAAGGGAAUCAGAAUACAAUUACAUCUCCUACAGCUUCACCCAUGAUUGACAAAAUGGCCUUAGAGACAGGGUUUUCAGACACAAAUGUAUGGCUAGAAUGGAUCCGCUAUACGGUUCUUUCCCAGAAGCGAUCCAACUGCAUAGCAUGUGCUGCAGCUCGACCUCAUUUGGGUACGGUACCUUUCCCUUUGAGUGAGCUUACCGAUCCUGAGGGUUUCAAGUGCAUCCUUAAGAUGUACACUGAAACCAUUCCCAGUGAUGACACCUCCCGCUGCAGGACAUUAGAAUUACUCUAUCCUAUUGUUCAUGAUAAAGAUCAUAUGGGUUUCGGUAUAACGCCAUACCCUGGAAAUUAUACCUGUUUCAAUCGUAACCAUACAGGCAAAGACAUUGGUGUUUUCCCUCCAGGAUAUUGUUCCUAUAACAUCUAUCUAAAUGAGACAAGUAGUGACUCUGAUGCUUACCCUGACAAAUGGUUUGUCCACCAAGGUUAUCAACAUGCGGAUAUCUGGUGGUUGUGUGGAGACCUGAAGCUCCGACCCAGGAUACGAAUGGAAUGGAUUGGCCAAUGUACCUUGAUUAAGGUGCUGAUGCCAUUUGUUCUAUUUUCGACUCUUGAGUGGGAGCAAGUCAGUACGCAAGCCAAUGUCCGGUCACGGCAAAGGAGGUCACUCCCUGCAGCUUUUGAUUCUCAUGUAUACAUAGAUGCUAUAGGAGUCCCUAGAGGAGUUCCUGAUGAAUUCAAGGCUAGAAACCAGAUAGCUGCUGGUUUCGAAUCAAUACUUCCAAUAAUUGGCGUAAAUAAAAAUGUAGGAUGGAUUAACUAUUUGUAUUAUAAUCAACAGAGAUUCGUAAAUUAUACCCGAGAUGCAGUAAAAGGAAUAUCGGAACAACUGAGCUCUUCAUCGGUGAUGGCGUUACAGAAUCGACUGGCCCUCGACAUGAUCCUAGCGGAAAAAGGAGGCGUCUGCAAGAUGAUCGGAAGUUCCUGCUGCACCUUCAUUCCGAACAACACUGCUCCUGACGGAAGCAUCACAAAGGCUUUGAAUGGACUGACUUCUUUAUCGAAUGAACUAGAGGAAAACUCUGGAAUCAACAACCCCAUUACUUCAUGGCUAGAACAGUGGUUUGGGAACUGGUCUAAUGUGUUAGCCAAUAUGUUAAUGACACUGGUGGUAGUACUUGUAGUAUUGGCAUUAAUAGGGUGCUGUGUGAUUCCUUGUUUUAGAAAAUUUUUUUUAAAAUGUUCAACUCAACCACACCAGCAACAACCAUGUACAUACAUUGUGAAACUGACAGACCUAAAGAUUACUUAGAGAACCUCUUUGAGGAACGCGAUUCCGUCCUAAAACAAAUGAAAUCUUGUUGAUAGUUGCGGAAUAAAUAGAACCAGAUGAAGGCAAACCUGAAAGGGAGUUGGGGGGACCUGGUGAAGCAAUAAGGAAAGUCCAGCUCUUCGCCGUUUAGGGCGUUGGGAGAGUACCUCACAUUGCUUAUUCAUCUUGUAU